GAGUUACUCAAUUUGGAGCAAACAACACUGACAAUAUAUUCCCUCCAGAUGAGGCGAUCUACGCUCGAUCUUCACUCGAUCUUGUGCAUCAUCUUUCACUUUCUCGCCCACAAAAGUGUGUUGCGUCUUCAAUUGAGAUAAUUGCCUGGUGAGUCUCCUGUGUGUUCGGCACAUACAGCUCACAAGUAAGAAUUUUAUAUGCAAUUUCUCUUGCGGUUUGAGUUGGCCAAAAAAAACGAAUGUACAUCACCUUUUCGAGGGAUUUCUUAUAUACAACACACCGCUAUUCUUGAUCAUUUUUUUGCUAAAAAAGAAGCAAAAGGAGAAGAAGAAGAAGUCCCAGCGCGAUUGCCCCCAAAAACCAACACAUUCACACCACAGGUGGGCGCGGUAGUAAUCAUAAGAAGUUAUACAGAGUCGGAGUUGGUUUCUCAAGGAAAAAGCACCACGCUCCAAGAAGUACAUUGAAAUAGGAGACACGAAAUCGCGUCUUACCUGAGUUUCUCAAGCACCAUCGAGGGUGGGAAAGAGACGGUGGCACGGCGCUGCACGCAGGAGCGAGUAAGUGAGACUGAGUCGAAGCGAAAGGCGCCCAAAAGAGCUCUGGGAGUUGUCGCUGUUUGAAACCGCUCGCCAGUUUCAUUCUAUUCGAGUAGUCGAACUGCAACGGCUGUGCGAUUUUUCCUCCCUGAAUAAUAUUAAAUUAUUUCAUAUUCUUCAUUUUUUAUAGUGUCUGUUUUAUUACACGGAAAAAAAAUAUUCAGCUGUGAAUUUCGGUCAGGUGAAAAAGUGAAUGAGAAUUUAAAUACUAUUUAAAGUACAACAAGAAUUUUUCUUCAAUCUCGCUCGCUUUUUGGAUGUAUCCGAAAGCAGCCAACACAGCAAGUUUUUUGGAGGAAAGAGCCCCAACACGCCAAGUGAGAGAAGUCACGGCAAAUGGACAAAGGAGAAGUGUUUGUUGGUAUUUUUGCACUCUCGAAUAGGCGAAUAAAAAAAGACCGCAGCAAAAAGUGUUCAUUUUGAAUAAAAGUUUUUAACGGUACCACACACCAAAGAGUCGCAAGUGAUGCCGUCAUUGUGCUCAAGCCACACCGUUUUAGUAUCAAUUUGUGGCCUUUAAGACGACGGUUACCAUCAAUUCUCGUGUGUGUCUUACUUUUGUAGCUAUACAACUGCGGCAUCCCAUUUCUGAUACCGCAUUCAGUGGAAUUUUACCACCUUUGCUUCACUUCACAGGCAGGGCACAUUUUCGCAAGAAUGUGAAUCAAGCCGGAAAAUUGUGGACAUUCAAAUUUCCAUUCCAUUUCUGUGCCGAACGCAAAAAAAGAGAAAAGAGGAGGAUUUUUGGUGAAAAUAUUAAAUAAGACACUGUGCGCAUUGUGAUUUUCAAAGUGAAUAAAUUAGCGUGUCAGUGUGUCUCAAGUGGAAGAGGAAAAUAAUCGUGAUUGCAUGUUCUCCUCCUGAACUUUGUGAAUCAUCCGUACAUUCGUCAUCAUAAAAGGCUCUCCCACCCCAUAGCCUAGCAUUUUUCAUCACACACCACAUACCUACAUAUUGCUGAAAUAGCGACUUUCCCGUGUGUGUAUGUUUAAUUAUCCGCCCGAAAUAUAAUAGUUUGAAAAAAAAAAACAUAAAUUCCAUAGUGAAACCUAUACGCCGUAGUAUAUUGUGUUGGAAACCUUCAGCGAAUUUACGAAAAAAAUGGAUACGAAAAUGUUCGCCAAGUCGCUGAUAAGCGUUAUCAUGUUGACAGGUGCCCUAACGCUUGCACAGCGAGUCGAUGUAACGCCACAGCAAGUAAUUGCACGCGUGGGUGAACCUGCAUCAAUUCUAUGUCGCGCUGGACGACAAAUUCAGUACUGUCGCAUUGUGAUUCCCGGCGAGAAGGUGCUCAACUUGGCACCAAAUUGGACACAACGACCCGGCUUCCCCUACAACGGUGAAGGCCUCCAGGCGGGUCAAUGUGGUGUAACAAUUGAGCGAGUUAAGACCACAAAUCAUGGGCCCGUGGAAUGCUUCUUAGGUGUUGAGGGAGAUGAAAUAAGUGGUGUGGCUGAUCUUGUUGUGGCACUAGAGCCACAGCGUCCGCAACUAGAAAUUCUAACUCAGGGAAGAAAUGGUGCCUUUGAGGUUGAUACAGAAUUCCAAGCUAAGUGUAUCUCACACGAUGGACGACCACCGGCCAAUCUAACGUGGUUCCUUGAUGAUGAGAAUAUCUUCGAUGGGCUCACAAUGCCCGAAGUCGUUGAGUCACAUGAUCGCAAUAAUGCUACCCUCUACACUGUUGUUCAGGGCAUCCAACGUUUUAUUCGCGUCUCCGAUGACCGACGCAAUCUUAUCUGCCGUGCCAAUCAUUUCUCCUACCCACAGGGCUACCUUGACUCCAGGAUACAACUUCUUGUACGAUACCGACCACAACCUCUUCCGCUUGUAAAACUCUAUGGACUAAUUCUGGGAAGUACUGGACUCGUUAAUGUGACAAUCAGAGCAAAUCCUCGUCCCCUGACUGAGUGGCAUGUUGCGGGAAAUACCAUCCAACAGGGAUCAAGGAAUGGACGCUAUGAGGCGUAUGAACCUCAAGAUCUCGGACGUGGGGAAUUCAAUGUGGCCCUAAGUAUUGCUGGGCUCACGCUCGAGGACACAACAAAGGAAUACCUCCUACGUGCUAGCAAUGAAUUUGGUACAACGGACUACCAAGUGCGAAUUAGUUCCUCAGAGGCCGCUCCUGCCGCCGGACUGGGUGUUGGACCAAUAAUUGGAAUAGUCAUUGCUGUGCUCGUUAUCCUCAUCAUCAUUGGUUUGAUUGUCGUGGCACGUGCAACAGGACGUUGGUGUUUCUCAGGUUCACUUAACACUGACAUUGGUCCCGAUUCCGAGGCCCAAAUUGCUCCAUCCAACCAUGAUGAAGUUGACGACGAGGGCAAACAUCAUCCCGAUGCAGCUGAGACUGAAGAACAUGACCAGAAUAAGACAAGAAAUGGGAAUCCCGUUGAGAGUAAAACCAACACUUCGGUCUGAAUUUAUCAAGACGCGCACGCAUGCCUUCUUAAUAUUUUUUGUAGUGAAUCUCAAGGAAGAAGCGAAGAAAAAAAAUAAUUGAAUCACGCGCUAUAUUAAUACAAUGUAUCUCGAAUAUUGCGAAAUUAAUUCCAUCCAAAUUGAUGAAUUUUCUCAUAAUUCCGUGUUCAAUAUAAAUGUCUCUUUUUUAUUGUAGCAAUGCUAAGCAUCGAAAAUAGUCUUAAUUUGCCUUUCUUUUGUGUAGUGUACAACAAUCGUGUAUAAAAAACGAGUCCAUAAUAAUUUCUCUUUCGUAAAAGGAGAAAAAAUAAGUAGGUAAAAAUGAUUAAUUUUGCUAAGUUAGUAAUCUCAUGGAGAGUAAAAAAAAAGAGACCAUAAAUAAUCCUCCAAAUGAAUCUCUACCACCAAUAUAUAACUUUUCAAAUCAUUCUCAAUAUUAUAUUAUAUACAAAGCAACCUAAUAGUAGGUUCUUUAAAUCUUUUUUUAGGCAUUUAGUAUUUUAGAGGAGGUGUAAAAGAAAAUGUACAAUUUUAAUUAUUUUAGUAGUAAUUAAUUUUAAUCUUCGUGAUCGUGGACCAUAUUUUUUGUAAUAAGAAAUAUUAAGUAAAUAACUAUAUACCUACAUUUAAUUUCUUACAUUAAUUUAUAGCUUGAGAAGGUUUUUUUUUUUAAAUUGUAUUCAAUGUAAAGAAGAAUCUGAAGAAGUUUUCUAUGUAAACGAUGGAAUCUCAUUUUGGAUCAUUUUUUUUAAUUCUUGGACCAUAUCAAUUUGCAAAAAAAAGAAUAUAGACAAAGAUAUAACGACUUUAUAAGAGAAGUUAGAGGAAUCUCUACUUAAUCACAAUUUACAUAAAUAUUUAUAAAACAAAUAAAUUUUGUUAAUAUGACAAA